AAACGCAGAUCUAAUCAAUCAAAUUUUAUCAAUCAGCCCCACAAUGUCUCUUCCUUCGGGACGGAUCAGAUAACCAUCCCUGUUCGAUGUGGGUCUCUUUUCGGUUUUCAUACGCCCUCCUGUUUCUUCGACUAUGCCAACUAACAUUUCCGAGGACCUGUCAAUCUCGGCGGGCAGUCCCCGAAGCAAGAGCAAGGAGCGCGUUGUCUCGCAGUAUCGGGGGCCAUGUAUUCCGUAUUUUAAACUUUAGUUUCCUUAGUGAACUGGGGAAUCACGGCAGUUUGUUGUGGAUUUAUUGCAGAAGCUGUCAGGCAGUUAGUUUCUGGGGCAAAGCCAGCCAAAUUCCAUUCGGGCCUCUAAAUAACGGCAGAGUCUAGUCCGUAGCUAGAAAUAACUUGCCGAUAAUCGGCUCAUGAACAAAUAAUGCUCAGCUAUGCUCGGCCGGGUCAAGCAAUUUUUCUGAUGGUAACGCGUCAUUACGGUUCAAUUUUGUUGGCGCACUGAGCCGCCUUCGCCCGUAGA